AUGUCAGACAGCCUGAUUGUCAAAAGCGUGGCAGGAACCUGCAUCACCUUCUCCUUCAUCCUCGCAGGAAACGCAAUCACACAGUCCUACAUGACCGUCCCAUCCCUCCUCGUCGACUUCCCACCUCCAGGCUCCCCCGACCACAAAACGCGUGCCCGCCUUCUCGGUCGCCAAUGGCCUCUCUGCUGGACUGUAGGCAACCAGUUCUUCCGUCCCAUCUCGACGUUGGGGUUUUUAGGGUACGCGUACGCAGGGUUCUCGGUCUACCGUGAGGGCAUGCUUGCGCGCAGUGAUUGGAAGUUGUUUGGUGUUGCGGCAAUAAUGCAUUUAACUACAAUCUUGCACUCGGCGCUCAACAUGCAGCCGCUGAAUGACAAGUUGGAGGCGCUGGCGGAGCGGGCGAGAGAGAAGGAUUUGGACGAAGCGGAGACUGUUGCCAACAGGUGGGCGAGCUGGAAUAGGUUGAGACUGGUUACACCGGUUAUUGCUGGUGGGUUGGCGUUGUACAACCUGCUUUCUAUGUAG